AUGGUUUCUCGGUUGAAAAACCUGUUUAUCAAGUCGAAAUCAAAUGAGGCCAAAUUCUCUAGAAAGCUCGAUGCUUUACUCUGCCGCGGCCAUCGAACUUCAUCGUCCCAAUCCAUAGCACCAAAGAAGACGAAAGAGAUUGAACGCAGAAGCAGCCGGGGACACUUGGAUAGUAGCAAAGUUAGCAUUAACAGUAGACGCGUUCAGAUUCUGCUUUCCGUCGCCCCGAAAACUCGAUAUUCCUCUGUGCUCUGCUCUCCGUGCGAUCCCCCUGAAGAAGGAUCUCGUCUCGAUCAAACUCUUCCUCUGUUAUCAAAUGUCAUUGAUAAAGAACCUGAAAUUCGGCAAGCGUCAGAUGUACCUCGGUCUCCUUCUCCACCAGCAGGCUCCCAGGAGUCGAGUAGUUUGGAAUCAGAAUCUUCUGACUGUCACUAUUUUGAGAACGUGAAGUCCCAACACUCGCAUGGGUCUUCAGAAAUCACGGAGGGGCAGGAAGAAGCUCUAAGAACUAAUUUCCACAAAGCUUACUUUCCAGAGCCUAGUGCUGCUUCCACUGAAAACGCCGAAGCCAAACUCUCGAGAUCUCUUAUGGACGCACUGUCCAGUCAUCAAAUUGAGUGGGCAGCGAUGAUCGAACUUCAAAAAGCAGACCAUUCCGGGAUUCUUCGAGGACUCACUUCAAGGCAGAUUCGAUGUGCUCCUUGA